AUCGGUAGUUUCUCAACGCUCGGCUCUCGCUCGGCGCAAGAACGACCCAAACAACAAUUAUUUAUUUAUUUAUUUACAUCAACAACAGCAACACCUUCAAAAAAAGACCUGUCGCCCUUUUCAAAAGAGUCGAGUCAAGGUCAAAAGUAUUAGACUAGAGUCGCCCUUUUAUUUCAAAAAGAGUCAAGCCGUCGAUCGAAAAAACAUUCGACAAUGGCGAAAUGGUUUCGUAGUGAACCAAUGGAGUAUAUCUCCCUCAUCGUGAACGAGGAUGCUGCGCACGAUUGUCUUGCCGACCUUGGAAAGCUUGGAGUUCUCCAAUUCACAGAUUUGAAUCCGGAUUUGACUCCUUUCCAGCGUCGCUACGUUUCCUAUGUGAAGCGUUGUGAUGAGUUGGAACGUAAGCUUCGCUUCUUCUCAAAUGAAAUCGAAAAGUUCGAGCUGGACAUGCAGCCAGCUGGAAGUAUUGACGCCUUUUUGAGAGUCUCUUCUGCUAUGCCUGGCAAUGGCGGAGCCAAGCAAAGUGGAGCUCAGCUUCUGGAGACUUUGGAGGUCGAGUUGGAGAGCUAUGAAUCUCAGUUACGUGAACUCAACUCUUACAGUGAAAAACUCACCACCGAAUACAAUGAGAAAGUUGAGCUCCAGGAGGUUUUGGAGAAGGCUCGUCGCUUCUUCAUGACAGAUGCUCCUCGCCUUGCUGUUUCGGAGCUUACUACCGGUGGAGGUCGCGAAACUGGUCCAGUAGGAAAUCAAUCCAAUUUGCUGGAUUCGGAAGGCGGUGCUCGCCCCAGCCUGGAUAUGCGUUUCUCUUCCAUCACUGGAGUGGUUGCUGCGGAGGAGAAACAUCGGUUUGAGAGAAUGAUCUUUCGUGCCACCAGAGGAAACUGCUAUGUCAGGUUUGCACCCAUCAAGCAGCCUAUUACUGACCCCGAAACUGGUGUGCUUUUGGAGAAGUCCGUUUUCAUUAUCUUCUACAAGAGUGAAAGUAUUGAAGCCAAGCUCAAGAAAAUCUGCGAUGCAUUUGCCGCUCAUCGCUAUUCCCUUCCAGACAUGGAUGAUGCUCCUUCGGUUGACCGAAUGCUAACUGAAAAUGCUCAGGAGCUUGUUGACUCUCGCACUGUCCUUUUGAAGAACCAGGACACUCGCUACCGUCUUUGCCAGAUGUUGGCAAAGCACACUGAACGUUGGACAUGGAUUGUCCUCCGCGAAAAGGCUGUCUAUCACACUCUCAACAUGUUCAAGGCCGAUGUUUCCGGAAUGCUUCGUGGUGAGGGCUGGGUAGUUGCUGAGUCUGUUGAUUCAGUACGAGAAAGUGUGAACAAAGCCCAUGCCAACAUGGAUAUGGCAAUGCCAAGUCUUGUUGACCACGUGCCUAAGCCCUGGCCGACACCUCCUACUCACUUUGUCACUAACAAGUUCACGUAUGGCUAUCAGGAAUUUGUCAACACCUACGGUAUUCCUCGGUACCAAGAAGCCAACCCAGCUCUCUUUACUGCUGCCACCUUCCCAUUCUUGUUCGGAGUCAUGUACGGCGAUGUUGGUCACGGUUCUUUCCUUCUCUGUGCUGGCCUUUACUUGAUCUGGAACGAAAAGGCCAAUGACAAUGCUCGUCUCGGUGAAAUGCUCGAGGGACUCCACUCUGGGCGCUACAUGAUUGCCAUGAUGGGUUUCUUUGCUGUCUAUGCUGGUUUGAUCUACAACGAUUGCUUCUCUCUUGGCCUGAAUCUGUUUGGAUCCCGUUGGGCCUUCAGUGGGCAAGAGUAUGGCUUUGUGGAAGAGGGUGAUGUGGCCACUCCCAUUGCCGAAUAUGGUUCGGACGAGUCUGUCUACCCUUUUGGAUUGGACCCCAUCUGGCACGUCUCUGCGAAUGAACUGCUCUUCUUCAACUCUUUCAAGAUGAAAUUGAGUGUGAUUUUUGGUAUCAUUCAGAUGUUUUCCGGUACAUGCUUGAAGGGAGCCAACGCCGUAUUUUUUGGAAACACUCUUGACCUCUUGUACGAGUUCAUUCCCAUGGUCGUGUUUGCUGCGUCUCUCUUUGUGUACAUGGUAUUCCUCAUUUUCUUCAAGUGGUCAGUUGACUGGAACUCCCGAAUGCUUUCGGCGACUUGUCUUGACCCUGAAGGCGACAGUUGGGGAAGCUCCGCUUACAAUGGAGAGUGGCAGGUUUGUGACGGUUCUGGUGACGGAACUUGCACUCCUUGGGGACUUUCUUGCACUGGCGCCGAAGACACAGCUGACAAGUGCCCAUUGGACUUCGGAGGCUCUGGUGAUGGUUGUCAGCCACCCAAUCUCAUCACGACUCUCAUUAACAUUGCGUUGCAGCCAGGAAGCGUCGAUGAGCCCAUGUAUUCUGGACAAGCCGGAAUUCAAAACGUCUGCCUUCUCCUGGCGUUUGGUUCCGUGCCUGUGCUUCUCUUGGUCAAGCCAUACCUCCUUUCCCAACAGAGCCACACUCCCGUGACUCAUGCCGCCGACGAAGAGGACCACGGAGACGGCGGCGAUCACGAUGGCGAUCACGACGGUUUUGGAGAAAUCGUGAUUCACCAGGCCAUUGAGACCAUUGAGUUUGUCUUGGGAAUGGUUUCCAACACUGCUUCGUACCUGCGUCUUUGGGCCCUUUCCCUUGCUCACUCGGAGCUUGCCACUGUGUUCUGGGAGAAGGCGAUGCUGUCCACAUUGAACAUGAACUGGUUUGCCGCCUAUAUUGGUUUUGGUGUUUUUGCGGGUGUCACUUUGGGUGUCCUUCUCAUGAUGGACGUUCUUGAGUGUUUCCUCCAUGCUCUUCGUCUUCAUUGGGUCGAGUUCCAGAACAAGUUUUUCUGUGCCGACGGUAUUCGCUUCUCUCCUUACUCCUUCAAACAGUUGAUCAAGGAUGCUUCCGGUUAGAUAAAGUCCUACUUAGCAAUUACAGUCUUAUUAAGCG